AUGAAUAACACUGAUGAGAAGAAAGAAUUGGCCUCAAAAGAUAAUAUAAUAUCUCCUGAUUAUGUAAUUUGCUUUUAUUAUGAUAAAACUUUGAAAGAAUCUUUGGAACAGUUUAAGAAUUUGAUUAUGAGACUUUCUGAAGCAGGGUUGGAUAUUGAAUAUCUAAAUGGCUCUAUAGGGUCUCUUUUUCUGUUUAUACGUUGCUGUUCUGCUAGAUUACAGACUGCUGCUCUUGUUUCUCGACAUAGGGAUUGGCUCUAUGGGGUAAAAAGUGGACUACCUGAUUUAUAUAUUGAUAAGAAGAUCUCUUCAUCAGAAAGACUAAAAUUCAUUCAUGACAUUAUUACUUUUCCUGCUUCUGAAGGGGGUGCAGGAAUUUAUCCAGAUUUAAAUGAAUGGAAAAUGGUUAAAUAUAUUUUUCCACCUCAUGACCGUAUUUUUAAUAGAAAUUAUAUUUAUAAAAUUUUUAAAAAAGGUUUUAUAAGUGAAUCUGAUUUAGAUGAUAUAAGGAAUCAUUUUGGGGAAAAGAUUGCUAUAUAUUUUUCAUUUAUUCGUUUUUACCUUUUGUGUCUUAUAUUUCCUAUUGUUACUGGGUUUUUUGCUCAUUUUUUCUUACCGAAAUAUUCUAUAAUAUAUGCUAUUAUUGUGAAUCUAUGGUGUAUUUUAUUUAUACAGAAAUGGAGGAAGAUAGAGGUAAGACUUUCAAUACGUUGGGGAGUAUAUGGUAUUAGCAAAAUAUAUCAAAAACAUAGACGAUUUGUAGGAGAUGAAAUUGGAAUAUAUAUGACAACUAGGAAAAAUGCUUUAGUUUCUUCAUUUUGGAAAAAAAUUUUUAGAAAAAUUUUUUUUAUGGUAUUUCAGGUAGUAUUGGUUACUGGUGUUGUUUUUAUACUUAUUGGGUUUUUCUUUGUGGAUUUAUAUUUUUCGGAGAUUUAUGAUGGUCCUUUUCAAAAAUAUUUGGUUUUUAUUCCUACAAUUUUUCUUGCUGGGUUUGUUUCUGUGUUUUCUACUUUAUAUAAUAAAAUAUCAACUUAUAUAAAUUACUAUGAAGAUUAUGAAACAGAUAUUGAUCUCGAAUCUGCUUUUAUUCAUAAAAUCUUUGUGAUUAAUUUUAUUAUUUGUUAUACUGCUUUAUUUCUGAUUUCAUGUUUCUAUGUACCAUUUGGUUAUUAUAUAAUUCCAAGGAUAAAUAUAAUUGGCAUUCAAUCUAUAUUUUUGACUUCAGAAAGUAUAAAAAUUAAACCAUUUGUUAUGAAUCCUGAUAAAUUGCGUCGACAAUUUAUUUAUUACAUGAUUACAGGUCAAGUUAUAAAUUUUUUUAAACAGUGGAUAUUGCCUUUUGUUUUUAAGUUUUUUUUUGUUAUACUUGAAAGGAUUUGUAACAUUAGGACUUCAAAAUUUACUCACAAAAAUAUAAAUAAUUAUUCUGAAAAAAACGAACUUUUAUCCAAAGUUUGUCGUGAAGCAGAGUUACCUGAAUUUCCUCUUUUAAAUAAUUAUUUGGAAUUGGUUAUGCAAUUUGGAUAUAUCUCUUUGUUUUCUAUUAUUUGGCCUUUAGGAUCUGUUUGCAUUUUUAUAAAUAAUGUGGUUAAAGUGGUCUUGGAUUUCAUAAGGCUCUUUUUUGCUACAAAACGUUCUAUUCCGUAUCGUACAGAUACUAUUGGUUUAUGGUAUUCGAAAUUGAUGUUCUUGUCUUGGUUAGGAAGUAUCGUUAUGUCUAUUUUGAUUUAUUUUCAUAAAUAUUUUCCGAAUGAUAAGUUUUUUGUUGAGAUCUUAGUACUUCUUGUUUUUGUGGAUUAUUUAUAUAGAAUUGUUUUUAAUAUUUGUAAAAAAGUGACUAGAUUUACGCAAUACGAAAACUUGCAUGUUCUUAAGGAUGAAUACGUCUUAAGAGAUGCAUAUUUGGCAAAAUUAAUGGAUUAUCUGCCUAAAGAUUUUCAAAAUGAUUCUCAGGCACGACAUAAUUAUACAAAAGUUAUUGAAACUGGAACUACUAUAAUUAUGAAUUCUUUUGAAAAAUAUAAAAAGGCAUAG